AGCAGAAUGCUUCUUUAUGAGCAACAGCCUGCUGUUGGAUAUCCAACAUUCCCCGGCAAUGUAGAAGCACUUUCAGUACCAGCAAGCUCACCGGGGGUCGUCUUUCAAACGAGUCAUCAUCGUCCACAUCCACAACAACUCUCANUGUCACCACCGCCAAGAGCAUCAACAACACAGUCACAAACCCCAGACACGCCAAACCUUUCGUCAAGGCCAAAGCGCAAACAAACUCUGGCCGCAUGCCGACCAUGCAGGAAACGUAAAUCAAGGUGUGACGGUGCCCGCCCUCGAUGCAACACCUGCCUCGACAAAGCAACCNCCUGCGUCUACUCGGUCGAAGAGGGAAAAACACAGCAACAAGCCUCUCGAGAAGAACUCAAGGCCUAUAGAGUGAUUGUGUGUAUGCUGCGAAAAGCAUCGCCUAUGGACACAGAAUUGAUACUUCGACAUCUCAAACGAUACGAAGAUGUGAAUGAAGCCGUCAAGUUCAUAGAGACAGACAUGAUGCUACGAGGUGCUGUGAUCUCGGCCCAAGCAUGA